UGAAAUACCUUAAGAUUUAUUAUUGUACUUAAUAAAAAAGUAAAAUAACAUUUUACCUAAAAUAAAAUAAAGUAAAAUAAUAAUUCCUUUUUAAAAGGAAAAUAACGUAGCUUACACGGCUUUUGAAAAGAAAGCAACAUCAUGUCCACAUACAUACGACUCACCUGGACAUAUAGCCUCCUUUAAAAUUCCCCAAACGCGAUAUAAACCACGCGGCUCUGUGCUCCGUUUGGUACCAAACAAAACAAAACACGUUUCUGAAAAUUUCUUCCUCUAUUGAUUGAAUAUUCUUUUCUUUAACCCUUUCCUUCAAUUCCUUUUACUUUUCCAGAUUCUCUUUCAUGUUUUCUACAUAACCUCUCUAAUAAUAAUUCUCCGUAACGGUAAUCUUUUUACAUAUCUCCUUUUCGGCUUUUACAGAUUUGAAAAAUCUCAUCAAUUCAACGAUUCGGAUUCGAUGGCGGAAGAACACAGAUGCCAAGCGCCGCGAUUAUGCGUCAACAAUUGUGGAUUCUUUGGCAGCACCGCCACGGAGAAUCUUUGUUCAAGGUGCUAUCGAGAUUUGCAGGUUAAGGAACAACAAGCUUCAUCGGCGAAGCUUGUUCUCAAUCAAUCAAUCGCGGUGCCGGCGAAGGCGGCGUUGGUUUCUGAACCGUCAGCUUCGUCGCCGGAGCCGGUUGAUUUGCCUAGCGUUGUUGAAGAGGCGAAGGCGAAACCGCUGCAGCAGAAUCGGUGCAUGACGUGUAAGAAGCGCGUGGGGCUCACCGGGUUUAAGUGCAAGUGCGGGAUGAUGCUGUGUGGGACCCACCGUUACCCGGAGCAGCACGGUUGUGAGUUUGAUUUCAAGGGGUUGGGGAGAGAGCAGAUCGCGAAGGCGAACCCGGUGGUGAAGGGUGAGAAACUCGAGAAGAUCUGAGAAGAAAAGAAGGGUGUUAUUGUCAUCACGGUUGUUUUAGUUGUUAUCGAAUAUGAUCCGGUUUAUUAAUCGGAUGUGGGGUUCGGGUCGGGUAUUAGGCUCGUUGAUUGGGUGGGUCGGUGGGUGGUGGUUUGGGUGGGUCAUUGUUAUUUGGUAUUGUAGAAAAUUUCAUUUAAAUGCAUUUUAGUUCUUGUAUUUACACUCGGUUUGAAAGAAUUGUAUCAUAUUUACAUUUACCUUGCUCAUAAAAAACACAAAGGUCUACAUGGGUUGGGUUGGAUCCAGUUUUACUCUAA